UCGUAGGUGGCAGUGAGGGCAGGGAUGGGCGGAGGGCACCUGUGCCCGCUGGGUAAACAUAGGAGCUUAUAAAAGUUCCCCUGGCAGAGUGAGCCGCACAUUCUGCAGGUGUCUUCCUUGCGGCUGAGCAGGGCCAUGGCGACUCGGGGCACCUGGCUCCUGGUGACACUGGUCAUGGCAGGGUUCUGCGUCCUGGCACUGGCCGAGAAACCUUCCGCCUGCCGGUGCUCUCGGAUGGACCCCGAACACAGGAAGAACUGCGGCUUCCCUGGCAUCACUAGUGACCAGUGCUUUGAAAAUGGCUGCUGCUUCAACUCCAGUGUGAAGGGCGUGCCCUGGUGUUACGAUCCGCUCCCCGAGCAAGAAUCGGAUCAGUGUGUCAUGGAGGUCUCUGCACGCAAGGACUGUGGCUUCCCAGGCAUCAGCUCCGAGGAGUGUGCUGAGCGCAACUGCUGCUUCUCCAACACCAUUCCGCAAGUGCCCUGGUGCUUCUUCCCCCAGUCCGUACAAGACUGCCACUACUGAUACCCUGUGCCGAAGACCUCGCCUGGCGCACCCAGCAUCAAGACACAAGAAGGGUC